AUGUCUGAUUCCACCCGGCCCGUGCCAUGGGCCCAUCAUCUCAUCUACCUGCUGCUGCUCUUGCCUACCGGACUCAGCAUCACCCUUCUCCUUAGCGACUCCCGCCACUGGACCCUGACCGGUGAUCUGUACACCUUCAUCAAUACGUACCGAACGUCUGUCCAAACCGCUAUUCAGAUCCUGGCCACACUGCUCAGCACCAUCCAGCUGGUCAUCAUCUGCCGGCUCAUCAACCAUGCCACCCGCAUCCUCUUCAGCCGACCAACCCACCACACCACCCUCAACGACUUAGCCCUAUGGUCCUCCCUAUCCACCCCCACCACCAACUUCUCCCUCCCCCUACCUCAAAUCCUCCUCACCCUCAUCCUGGCCAACCUCUCCGCCGUCCUGUCCGCGCUCUGGACCGGCGCCCUCACCCCCACCUCCGCCACCACCCUCACCAACACCACCAUCUCCAUUCCCUCCUACGCCAACCGCACCUUCAUCAAAGAAUACCCCUCCCAAAUCGACAACACUGGCCCAUCCCUCCGCACCACGCGGGGCUACUUCACCUACUCGGUCGGCGUCGGCCUCCUCACCUCGCUCGUCUCCUCCGCCUCCACCGCCUCCCCCCUCACGGGGACCCUCCGCAACCGCACGCACGCCAAACUCGACUCCACGGGCUACAGCUACACCGGCCGCUCCUACGGCGUGGGAAGCCCCGUCGGGCUCACCGACUCGGCCGUCUCCUUCUACCCGUGGGCCGCCAACUACACCUACCACGAACGGGGCUACGACGCUCAGAUCGACUGCAUCUACAACGCCUCCUCCCAAUUCAUCCUCCAAGACACCUUCUACAACGCCCUCUACGACGCCCGGGGGGCCCUCCCAGACAGCAACACCUCCUCCGCGGAGUACUCCGUCUACACGGGUUGGUCCACCGAUACCAUCGUCGCCCUCGGCGUCGCCAGCGAUCCGAUUGCCUAUACCAAGACCCGGUACGUCGCGGCCGCGGCAGGCGCAUCCUACCGUGCCUUGAAUGCCAGUCAAUGUCUCGUCACCUUCAUCCCCACAUGGUUCCAAGUCGACGUCGCCGUCAAAGACAAGACCAUCUCCAUCUCCAAACUCAACACCUCCUCCCCCUCGCAACGCGAAGAGGAAACCGACAUCGACCCAACCAACCGCACCAUCCACGUCGUCAUGCGCCAACUCGAACUCAUCUCCAACGACCUCACCUCCUUCUACCGCUCCACGCUCGGUGACGCCUUCAACACCAGUAUCGCUGACGCCACUACCAACCUCAACUCCACCUCCCCUUCCCCUUCCCACCCCAUCUCCAAUACAUCUGCUGCUCUGACAGGGAUCCAAAACACCUACAUCUCCCUCCUCGACGACAUUCUCUCCUGCUACGCCUCCGCGCAACUCAUCGUCGGGAACUUUACCCUCCCGGCUACCGCGACCGUGCGGAUCGAUGCGUUGCGGCUGGGCUCGCGGGUGUAUAUUAUUGCUGUGUUUGUGGUGAGUUUGCUGGUUGUGGGGAUCGUGGGGAUGGAGGCGGGACGGACGAAGGGAUGGAGGAAUUUGCCCGGGUUUGAUUUUCUGGAUGCGAGGAUGUUGGUGUUGGGGGCGGCGAAUGGGGGGAGGGGGGUCGCGGAGAGGGCGGCGGAA